GAUGGCGUUACGCACGGUUUGCACCUCUGUCCUGAGGAGUGCGACAGAUUUAGGGGUCAACAAUGCGAGGACGUUUGUCACAACAGCAUUCCUCUGUCGACGGGUUGCUCCGUUGGGUCCGAUGCCGAACGAGGAGAUCGACGCCAAGAACCUGAAGUCGUUAGAGAAAUAUCGCAGCUACACUCGAUACUUAAGACAAGCGGAGGAGGCGAUGAACAGCCCGGCUUGGUGGAAAACCUACAGGACCUACGUGGAGAACGCAGAUCCUGAAAAUGGUGCAGAACAAAUGGACAUCGGGCUUCCUUACUGUCGACCCCGUAGGACCAAAGAGGUGAGGGAGAGGAGGCAGGUGCUGAAGGAGAACAAGAAGAACGUCGAGCUGGAGAGGUCUUCUCGUCUGCGCACGUUUAAGAUUCCUCUGGAUCGAGUGCAGGACACCUGGGAGAAGAACAGCGGUCCGUUUCAUGUGAAGAGGUUGGCAGAGCACUACGGGGUCUACAAAGAUCUCUUCCCCAAGGCCCAUUUUCUGCCUCUAGUCUCACUGCGGAUCUCCUACAGUCAGGACAGCAGCGCUCAAGUGCAUUAUGGGAAUCGGCUGACACCAACUGAAGCUGCACCUGCCCCCAAAAUCAGCUUUGAUGCAGAGGAGGGCUCCCUGUGGACCCUUCUGCUCACCUGUCCAGAUGAGCAUCUCCUGGAUAAUGAGGCAGAAUACAUGCACUGGCUAGUGGGGAACAUACCAGGCGGAGCAGUGCAGGCUGGAGAGGAGCUGUGUCACUACCUGCCCCCCUUCCCCGCCAGAGGAACAGGCUUCCACCGCUACAUUUACGUCCUUUUUAAGCAGGAGGGACCAAUCAACUUCCAGGAGGAUGCGAGGCCGUCGCCGUGCCAUUCUCUAGAGGAUCGCACAUUUAAGACUGUGGAUUUCUACAGGAAGCACCAGGACAAUUUGACGCCUGCAGGCCUGUCGUUCUUCCAGUGCCAGUGGGAUGAAUUUGUCACCAACACCUUUCACAACACGCUCAACAUGAGGGAACCAGUGUUUGAGUUCAUCCGGCCUGAGGUGUACCACCCUCCCCAGGUCAAAUUCCCUAAAGGAAAGCCUUUACGCUACCUGGACAGAUACAGAGAUGGAAAGGAGCACACCUACGGCAUCUACUGACGAGGAGACGCACUCACAGAGCUGCACAUAUCUGUAACACAUUGUCUUGCAAAUGUAGAAUCAUGUUCAGCAUAUUUAUGUAAAAAUAAUAAAGAAUUUUUAG